ACCAGACAAUUGGACCUAUUAAGUACUACGGAGCCGCAGAAAACAUCGUAUGUUUAACGCAAACGAUAGGCUUUAUGUUUUGGGCUUUAUCAGGGCGCUCUUUUCUAGUAUAUUUAUAAUAAUGCGUGUCGUUUCUUGCAAUUAUCCUAAAAAGCCGAUCUGACUGUUCGGUUCUUUCGGAUCAACUUCAACCUCUAAUAAUGGACACCAUGGCUGAGAACGACAAUGAGCUGCUGGACUACGAGGAGGACGAGGAGCCCCAGGGGGUCCCAGAGGCCACCCAGACCUUGAAGAAGGAGGUGAAGGGGUCCUACGUGUCCAUCCACAGCUCUGGGUUCCGGGACUUCCUGCUGAAGCCGGAGCUCCUCAGGGCAAUCGUGGACUGUGGCUUCGAGCAUCCCUCAGAAGUGCAGCACGAGUGCAUCCCCCAGGCCAUCCUGGGCAUGGACAUCCUGUGCCAGGCAAAGUCCGGUAUGGGCAAGACAGCCGUGUUCGUGCUCGCCACCCUGCAGCAGAUUGAGCCCGUUGAUGGACAGGUCUCCGUUCUGGUCAUGUGCCACACGAGGGAGCUGGCCUUCCAGAUCAGCAAGGAGUACGAGCGCUUCUCCAAGUACAUGCCCACGGUGCGAGCGGCCGUGUUCUUCGGCGGCAUGGCCAUCAAGAAGGACGAGGAGGUGCUGAAGAAGAACUGCCCCCACAUUGUGGUCGGGACGCCCGGCCGCACGCUGGCCCUGAUCCGCGGGAAGUCCCUGGUCCUGAAGCACAUCAAGCACUUUGUCCUGGACGAGUGCGACAAGAUGCUGGAGCAGCUCGACAUGAGGCACGACGUGCAGGAGAUCUUCAGACUCACGCCCCACGAGAAGCAGUGCAUGAUGUUCAGCGCCACGCUCAGCAAGGAGGUCCGGCCCGUCUGCAGGAAGUUCAUGCAAGACCCCAUGGAGGUGUUUGUGGACGACGAGACGAAGCUGACCCUCCACGGCCUGCAGCAGUACUACUGCAAGCUGAAGGACAGCGAGAAGAACCGCAAGCUCUUUGACCUGCUGGACGUGCUGGAGUUCAACCAGGUGGUGAUCUUCGUCAAGUCGGUUCAGCGCUGCGUGGCUCUGUCCCAGCUCCUAGUGGAGCAGAACUUCCCCGCCAUCGCCAUCCACCGAGGCAUGGCCCAGGAAGAGAGGCUCUCCCGCUACCAGCAGUUCAAGGACUUCCAGAGGAGAAUCCUGGUGGCCACCAACCUGUUCGGUCGAGGCAUGGACAUCGAGAGGGUCAACAUUGUGUUCAACUACGACAUGCCCGAGGACUCUGACACCUACCUGCAUAGGGUGGCCCGUGCUGGACGCUUCGGGACCAAGGGCCUCGCCGUCACCUUUGUGUCGGACGAGACGGACGCCAAGACCCUGAACGACGUACAGGACCGCUUUGAGGUCAACGUGGCCGAGCUCCCCGAUGAGAUCGACAUCUCCACCUACAUCGAGCAGUCCAGAUAAACGCUCCAACGCGGCGAAGUGUCUUCAAUGUGGAUCUCUUUCGGUGUUGGGAGAUUAAAAGAAAAUCAACAUCUUUUGUUUUAAUGUUCUGCUCAAAGUUCGCUCACUAUUCUGCUUCAACAUGUUUUAGGGGGGAAGGGGGUUGACUAUUUUAUUUUUACUAUUUGAUUUUUGGUUAUUGAAAUUAAAGCUUUUUAUAAAAUCAGUUUCCGUCAAAUCUCAUCUUUAUAUCACUGUUGUUUUUGUAGGACUUGUCAGAAUAUUAUAGCAUGUUUAGACGUACCCCAUCCUCAGAGGUGGAUUAAAGGGCGCCGCUGGCUACACGUAGAUUAGAAUUUGGUUUUGUUUGCUGUUGACACUCAAAUCUAGGUUUUUGUUUAAAGGAAUAAUUUGUAAUUAAAAUGUUGUCCUUGGAAGUAUUUGUCU